AUUUAACUCGAUCUACGUGUCAGUUCCGAAUGCUAAGUGAAAGGCAAAUUCUUUGGCAAAUUGUACUUUAAAAUAUAAUUGGGUGAUUUAUUAAGUUUUAUUUAUUUGAGUAACUUAAUUAAUGAUAAGUGUGAGAAAAUGUGUUAAUCUUGUUGUGAGAGGUGGAAGGAUUGAUGCUGGAGAUUCUCAAUGACCAAUAUAGGAUUAGAUCAGAAAAUGCCUCAGUGGGCCAGUGCUGAAGGCGGUGGGGGGUCAGAAGCUGAAUCUCCGGGGAAGUUAAUGCUAUAUUACGACGAGCCCUCAGAAUACUACGUUAACAAGGUUGACGUUGACGUGGAUGUGAAAAUAGAAAAUGCUGGAGAUUUCUGCGGCAGUCCUGCAGCGAGCAGUAGCAACAGCGAGGAGUCGCCGCGGCACGUCACCCGCAGCCGGCGCAGCGCCGCCAGUACGGCUCCAGCCACUAGCAGCACCGGCCCUGGUCGUCGCCGCCGCUGCACUGUGUCCGCUCGCGAGCGGAACAUUCGCCGCCUCGAGAGCAACGAGCGCGAACGCAUGCGAAUGCAUUCCCUGAAUCGUGCAUUUGAGGAUCUACGGCGUGUUAUACCUCAUGUUAAAAAGGACAACCGAAGCUUGUCCAAAAUAGAAACCCUAACUCUUGCCAAAAAUUAUGUGAAAGCGCUCACGAACGCCGUGUGCUCGAUGAGAGGCGAAGAACCUCGCUAUCGAUUCACGGCCGAUGAUGAGAACGUCGAACCAGUAUUCAUGAUGAUGCGUGAAAGUAAUAAUAACAACAGUUCUGAUGAUGAAGAUCUCGUAGAAACGCCGGAGCAAGACAGCCUCUGACAGCGUGUUGGCGAAGAGCGCGUCCGCAUCGACUCCUGCGCAGUGUGCGACCGGGAAAGGAUGCGCCGCGACCGCAACCAGCAGUAACUGCCUAAGAAGGCAGCAGCAGGAGCCGUACGAAACAUACACUUUGCCUUUGCAGGCAUAAGUACUGAUACUUCUCUUGCCUUUUCUUACAUCAUUCCAACAUUUAGGAUCAAAUUCAUUGCUCAUGUAAGAAAAUUGUAAUUUAUUAGAAUAGAAGAUAAUUGGCAUCAAGUUGUAUCAGGAAUGAAUAAGGCAUUUCAAUAAUGUUUCAAUUAAAGUCAAUCCUUUCAGUCAAUUAAAGUCAGUCCAUGAACCUACCUAUUUCAAAUUCCUGUACUUACACCAGUACGUCUCCUGGCCAUUUAUAAUGAAUCUGUCGUGAAGUAGAGCUAGGCACCUACUUAUUUUUAGUUUAUUUAAGAACUAGUCCCUUUUAAAUUAUUAUUUUUUCGGCUCGUGUCAUUCUUUUUUGUCGUUUUGGUUGAAGUAAUGAUAUAGUACUGCCCAUUUGACUAAAAAAAUACGCAUUCAUCUCGGUAUAAAAAAAUGACAAAAUACAUAACUGAUAAUGAUCAAAAACUAGACUUACUUAUUGAUAUUUUUGUCUUUUUAUCCAUCUAAAUAUAAUUUCUCAUACCUACAUUGAAAAAAAUCCCUCGAAUCAUCCAGGGCUCUUUACGAAAUAAUCUUCUAGCUUAUCUAUAAAACUACCUUAGAUUUUUUUUUGUAUUAUUAUUCUAAGGCCAAAGGUACUUAGGUAUCUAAUAAAGAUAUCUGCAUAUUUUUUCCUGAUCCGUCAAUUCUUUCAAUAGCUAUCUUGAUUAUUAUAAACUACUUUUAUAGAAUUGUUUUGUAAAUAAGAUUUUUUGUACUAUGACUUAGGUAUCUUACUACUUUUUAUGUUGGAAUUAAAAGAUAUCAAUGGGUAAUUUUCUUAUUAAUCGUCAAUUAAAAGAAACUGAUCAUCAAAGCGAUUGUGUGACAAUUCCUAACUCAUAAAAUUAAGUCACGAAAGUUAUGUUGAUACAAAUACUAAGUAAAUCUCAAUUUAUAGUUACCAUAAAUAUUUUAGGCAGUGUAGUUUGUAGUAGGUAUUUAAAAAAAUCAUAGUUUGAAAGUUUGAGUUACCCCUUCGUAAGAUUUAAAUGGACAUUUAUUAUUUUUUGUUACAGUCUAUUACUAAGGUCAUUAAAGUGUUAUUUUAAUUAAAAUGGAAACUGUAAUAAGUUUCAUAUCCUCCUGUCCAUGAUUUUGCAUCACAUUUCGUUAUCAUCAUAAGUUAAAACUAAUGAGGUUCAAAUAAAACAUUUUUCGAAUUGCAAAACUUAAAUAACUAAAUGUGUUUGUUAUUUAAGUAGUACAUGGUCAUUAUUGUACUUAUUACGUAGUUUGUGUCUACUAUCUCAAACAAACAUCAUAAGUCAAGUUAUUAAAAUGGUUUAAGAAAGUUUAAAAAGUAGUACAGUACGGCUAGCACGAAAAACUUUCGAGUUCAAAUCGUUUGCGUACUCGAAUCGCCAUCAAAAGAUUUAGUAAGAAAACUACAACAGCGCCCUUGUGAACGUGUCGUAAAGUGAACUUAAUAUGAGAUGUGGUUGCACGAAACUUAUUUUGAGAAUCAAAAUUGUCACGUUAUUGUUUAAUUCGAAGACUGAGUAUCGAAUUUUAUCGAGUACGCAAACGAUUCGAAGACGAAAGCUGUUCAUGCUAGAGGUACAGCAUACGUGUGAUUAGAACAAUAGUAAGACAUUUUA